ACAUGGAUGCCUCCACAGGGUUAAGGGUGGUACGGCAUUUGCCGCGAUUUGUGCCUGGCUGCAAAUGUCCCAGGUUAACAGCUUGUGGUCAUCGUCAGCGGGUGACCUGCAGAGGGGCCAUCAGAUGGUCAUGCAGCAGUAGCUCAGGGUUGGGCACCUCACCUGUCUCACAUGUUGUGCAUCCAGAAGUUCGCUGUAGUUCCAGCCUUGCACAGGAGUUCAUGCGAGCUACACAUGAACACCAUAGACAUAGUUACGUCAGAAAAAUCUUUCGUUGUGAAGAAAAUGACCCGAUUAAUCACACCAAGGCCCAUGAAGGCCUGUUUUACACAGUGCCAGACAACCAAGUCAAACAGUUAUUUCAGGGAGGCUUGAGUUCAGACUUCUGCAGCAGGAUGAAAGCUUUCCAGGAAACAUGUUUAAUGGUGCGGAAACCAGCGUUAGAAGUACUCGACAUGUUGAGAGUUGCCAAUUUCGACUAUCCUCCUUUAAAGUUUAUUCUUUAUGGAGAGAGGGGCACUGGUAAGACUGUCACCAUUGCUCACCUCCUCCACUACGCAGCAUGCUCAGGAUUUCUGUUGGUCCACGUGCCCUGGCCGGCCUUCUGGGUGAUGUAUGCCAAGGAGUCUGUCAUCUCCACACACAAUCCGGAGAGGAGGGAUCUACCAUUAGAAGCUUUACAAUGGCUCAGCCAGUUCAAGUCCCAGAACUACAAACUCCUACAACAACUUAAGACAACAGGUACCUAUACCUGGAGUAAACGAGAAGUGACAGAAGGUGGCUCCAGUCUGAUGGAUGUUGUGGACCAUGGGCUGAACCGUGGGAAACACGCUUCUGACUGUGUGGGGGUCAUUCUGAAGGAGGUGAAGACACAGGCCAGUGAUAAACGCUGUCGGCUGAUGGUCGCCAUCGAUGGAGUUAAUGGCUUCUGGAGAGAAAGUGCACUGAGAGACGAGCUUUAUAAAUCUAUACCUUCAGAAAGAAUUUCUCUCAUUCACCACUUUAAGAAGCUGCUUGCUGAUGAAUGGAGCAAUGGCUGUAUUAUCGCCAGUGUAGAUACAUUUGCCUUCAAACCUCAGCACCGGGGGCAUUGUACUCCUGUAGCUCUUCUGGGAAAGGAGGGUUUUGAGUUGUUUGAUCCAUUCAUCCCAGUGAAAGUUGACACAUACAGUGAGAAAGAAAUUUAUAGUGCACUGGAGUACUUUGCUGACCGCCAUUGGAUACAGCAUCCUGCAGGUCACACAGAAGAAGGCCGCAAGGAAUUAAUUUACAAAUCGGGAUACAACCCCUACCUACUGGACAGAGCUGUGGCCCCCUUGUAGUGUCUGGUACAACAUACAACCCCUACCUACAGGGCAGAGCUGUGCCCCCCCCCCCCCCUUGUAGUGCCUGGUACAACAUACAAUCUCUACCUACUGGGCAGAACUGUGCCCCAUUUGUAGUGUCUGGUACAAGAUACAACCCCUACCUACUUGUCAGAGCUGUGGCCCCUCUUGUAGUGCCUGGUACAAGACACAACCCCUACCUACAGGGCACAGUUGUAGACCGCUUGUAGUGUUUGGUACAAGAUACAACCCCUACUUUCUGGCCAGAGCUGUGGC